AUGUCCUGCUGCUGCGGCAGCCUCAAGUGCUGUUGCAGGUUCUUCGGCGGCUUGCUCGGCGCCCUCUUCCCGAUCGCCGUCAUCAUCCUCAUCUACUGGGCCAUCUUCCAGCCGCACCAAAUCCGCGCCACCGUCGGCUCCGCCACGCUCACCGGCCUCACCGUCACCAAUGCCUCCGUCGUAUCCUACCGCCUCGCCGUCACCCUCUACAUAUACAACCCCAGCCUCCGCGUCGGCAUCUACUACGACACGCUGGACGCCGAGCUCAGCUACCGCGGCGCAUCGCUCGGCGGCCCCGGCGCUGGCGCUUCCACGGCGUCCCCGGCCGAGUUCUACCAGCGGAGGAAGAGCUGGGAGACGGUGAAGGUGGAGUUCGACGGGAGCAGUGGCGGCAUCCUCCCCGGCGACGUUGCUGCGGAGCUGGAGAAGGAGAUGGGUCGGGGGACGGUGAGCUUGGAGGUCACCGUGGACGCGCGGGUGAGGUACAGGUUCAACACCAUCAAGAUUCGCCAGAAGCCCAAUUUGUGGUGCUCGCUCACCAUACCGGUUAAGCCGGAUCAGGGCCGCGGCGUCGGCGGCGUUCUUACCUCCGGUGACCGCUGUAGCGUCAAGUAUUGA